UAUUAUAAUUUAAAGUAAUUUUCAUUGUAAAAGUUUUUUAAUAUACCAGUAAUGAGAAAUAUGUGUAGUCGUUUAUAAGCGCUAAUAAAGGUAAUGAUGGAAGAACCCAGUAGCUUAAUGUUGCAAAUAUCAAAUGCAUUUAAAAAAUUAGAUAAAAAUAAAAUAGUGAUAAAUAAUUUCAGCAUGACUGUUCCUAGUGGAUGCAUCUAUGGUCUUUUAGGACCUAGUGGUUGUGGAAAAACAACAUUGUUGAAUUCCAUAUUGGGAGUUCAACAUUUGGAUUCCGGUACAAUUAACUUACAAGUGGAAUCACUUUCAGAUAUUGGUUAUAUGCCACAGGACAUAUGCCUUGAUCAAUACAUUACCGUGAAUGAAACCUUAACAUAUUUCGGCAUACUUUACAAAAUAGAUAAUGAUACUAUUAAAAGUAGAACACAAGAUUUAAAAAAAAUUUUGGAAAUAGACUUUUUAAACUCAUUCAUUAAAGAUUUGAGCGGAGGACAACGUAGAAGAGUUUCACUAGCAGUUUGUUUACUUCAUGACCCUAAAUUAAUAAUAUUAGAUGAGCCUACUGUAGGCCUUGAUUUAGUAAUAAGUGUAAAUAUUUGGAAUCAUUUUGUGAAUCUCGCAAAAAAUAACGGUAAAACUAUUAUAAUCACGACUCAUUAUAUUCAAGAAGCUUCUCAAGCGGACAAGAUUGGUUUUAUGCGAAAUGGAAGACUAUUAAAAGAGUGUUCACCUAAAAGUUUAUUAGACCAAUAUGAUACUGAUUCGCUAGAAAUCGCUUUUAUAAAACUUUGUGAAGAACAACCCAUUAAUGAAAAUGAAAAUAAUAGCUUACCGAGAUAUACAAAUCGAAACAAAACCUUGCUGGAAAAAAAUCAUUCCAAUUUCUCUUGGUACAAAAUUAACGCAUUAAUAAAAAAGAAUUGGUUUAUAUUUUCAAGAGAUAUUAUUUCUAUGAUGUUUGUACUUGUAUUGCCAUUUAUUCUGAUGUUCAAUUUUAAUUUAACGACCGGGACAUCUUUUAAGGAUAUAAACGUAGCGAUUUUAAAUGAUGAAGUAAAUACAUCAAUUUGUACCAAUACUCGUUUAAAUAGUUGUUUAGUAGAAAACGAUUUUAAUGGAACAUUAAGUUGUGAUAUGAUAAGUUAUUUAAGAUCUCUUGAUUAUAUUAUUUUAUAUAUAAAAAACAACGACGACGGAAUUAAAGCUGUAAAUAAAGGGCGUGCAGUAGCAUUUAUACAUUUUCAUUAUAACUACUCAAAAGAGUUACUUAGAUUUGUAAAUUAUGACGAUAAUUAUUCACAAGAAUCGACUGGGAUUGCUUAUUUAGAUAAUGGAAAUUUUCUGAUCAAACAACAAAUGAUAUAUGAUAUAUAUAAUGGAAUGCAAUCCAUAUUGGAUAAUGCUGUAAGUCAAUGUACUUAUAAUAAAAAAAGAAUACAACAUCCAUUGAAAAUCAGUAGGUUACAUGAAGAUAAAGUCCAGACAUUAAGAAAUGAAUUAAUAGCUAAAAUUAUUGUCUCGACUGUGAUUUACUUCUCGAGCAUAUACUCUGCAAGUUCUUUGUUAAUGGUUAAACUGGAAGGUAUAUUAAUUCGAUCAAUUGUAGCAGGUGUUACAAUAAAAGAUGUAUUGUUAUCAUUAUUAAUAAAUAAUACAAUUGUAAGCUUCAUUCAAAUUACCAUUAUGAUGUUAAUAUCUUACAUUUGUUUUGAUAACCCGUUUGCUAUUUCAAGAAAUCUUUAUUUAAUGAUUAUCUCUUUAAUAGUUUCAUCUUUGAUAGGAUUUUUUUUUGGUAUACUUACUGCUGGAAUAUCCAAAAAUAGUACCGAAGUAAUGUUUUUGACGUUUGGCUUUUGCUUGGUUCAAACGUUUACUGGAGGUAUAGUAUGGCCAUUAGAAGCACAGAACUCUGUAUUAAAAGUUAUGAGUGAAAAUCUACCAAUAACAGUCUGUGGAAAAUUGAUAAAUAAUGUUCUGGUAAAAUCUUGGUCCAUUAUGCAUCCAUUAAUAUUAAUAGAUUUGAUUAAAUCUAUUUUUAUUUUGUUAUUGCACAUAAUAGCCGUAGUAUAUUUAAAAUUUAUUAUAAGAGAUCCAUGGAAUAUUCAAAAAUAAAAUUUUUAAAAUAAAUUAUUAAAUUAUAUUAGAGUAUAUUUUAAACUCUUAAAUUAAUUUGAGUUAAUUAAGAAGUUAGUGCAAAUUUUAAUAUUUUAAUAUAAUUUACGAGUUAAAUAGUCAUAGAAUUAAUGAACGUGUCAUUUGUUUACUUUCUCAUUCUAGCAGAUAAGAAAAUAUUGUUUAAAAAACAAUAAAGAGAGCACCUUAUUAUGUUCGAUAUUAUUUUAUAAAUCACUUUUAUCAUAUUAUUUUAUUUAUUUACUGAUGAACUUAAUGAUAAUAUAACAUGUUAAUUGUGUGACACGAAGAAUAAGAUUAAACAAAAAUAAAGAUGCUGGUAUGAUAAAUUUGUAAAUAAAAAACGGUAGCACAGUGGGGUCGAGGCACAGUAUAGACGUGGCAUAGAUGAGAUAAGUAUAGAUGAUAUCUGACAGUGAUUAAAAUCACUAUCAUAAGAAACGCUUCGAUGCAAAUCUGUAGAUAGUGUUUCCUUUAGAGAAAUUGGUGAAAUAUUUUAAAAGCAACAUGAACUCUUAUUUCUUUAAUUAUAUCCUGAUUAGUAGUUCUUUGAUUUUAAAAUAUAAUAUAUGAAUAAAUACUAAUUAUAGUUUUUAAAUUUAGUAUGAAAUUGUGAGGCCAGCUAUGAUGUAUGGUUCAUAGUGUUGGGCGGUUGAUAAGAAAGUAGAGCAGAGAAUAAGUGUAGCAGAGAUGAGAAUGCUUAGUUGGAUGAGUGGAGUGACUAGAGAAGAUAGGAUAAGGAACGAGCAUAUAAGAGGAAGUAUAGGUGUUGCGUCAAUCGUGGAUAAGAUGACAGAAAAUAGACUUAGAUUGUUUAGUCAUGGUAUGAGGAAAGAAGAAUCGAAAGCUGUAAGAACAGUUAUAGAAAUGAAUGUUGAAGGAAGAAGAGAUAGAGGAAGACCAAAAAAGAGAUGGAGGGAUGCUAUUGAAUGCGAUUUGAGGACAGCUGAUGUGAGCGUAGAAGAUGUGGGAGAUCGUGUCAAGUGGAAGCUUAGGAUAAGGGUGGCCGACCCCAAGUAGUUGGGAUUAAGGCAAAGAAAAAGAAAAAUAUUACCAGAUAUUCCGGUGGCAAUUGACAUAAUAUGAUUGUUAUUUCGGAAUGUACAAUUUAGCGUUUAGUUGGGUUUAAAUAAUAUAGCGUCAAAUCAAUUACCUACUCUAUCGGUUGUAUCUCAAUAUACACUACACUUUAAUGAUACAAUAAAUAAAUAAACUCACACAUACACACAUAUGCAUUUAUAACAUUGUGUCUAAUGUAAGUAUAACAUGAUAAAAAGUAACCGUAAAAUGAAAAAAAUGGAAUAUAAAUUUUAUUACUCAUAUUAAAUGUAAUGUAACUCGAAAAAUAUUUGUU